ACCCCUUUGGAGGAAAUGGCUGAGCAGCCUAAGCAGCAGCAGAUGAAAACUUCCUUCCUCUUCAUCCAGCUGCAGGCCCCCCCUGGCAGAGCUCUCCCCGCCCCGUCUCCAGCAGCGACAGCCUGGACCGCAGCCCCAAGGGGCCCAGAGGAGGGACACAUUCUCCCAAGUCCCAGGACCGGCUUCUUGGCAGGCCAGGACCUCAGGCGCACACGGGGCUUGGCUGCUCCUCCCUCGCGGCUGCUGCAGAAGGAGGGCCGUGGGACAGAGCCACCAGCUGCUUUCAGUUGCUCUGCUCGGAAGCAGGAGAAGGAGGGAGAGGAAAAACCCCAGGAUCUGGAUGUAAGGAGGGGUGGCCUUUGUGGAUCCGCACAUUGCAGGCGUUCCCUGGCCCCGGCCUCCAGGAAAGUUGGCCGGCUCCAGCCCCUGUCAUGCAGACCUCCUAGCCCAGAUGCCACCAUGAACGAUGGAAGCAGCAGUCCCUCCCUGGGCCGGAAGCCUUGGCCAGUCAUUACUGCUCCCCAGGACCCGUGGGGCGCAGAGCCUCAGGCUUGGAAUGCUUUGGGAAACUCAAUUCCACAGGCCACCCUGGCCCACGCUGCUGGCAGGGGUGAGAGGGCCUGGCUGAGGAGAGGGACUGCCACCGGCCAGGUAGCCCCGAAGAGCUGUAACGAGGACACAGGUACCACGGUGCGGGCAAGGAGGGCAAUGCUCUACAGAUACCGUCCGCCCGUUCAGACCAGCAAGAGCUACCCGGCCCCACCUACCGCUCUGCCUCUCAAGGCAGAGACGUUUGUUUGGGUUAACAAUGCAUCAGCACAUUCCCAGAGUGUUGCCAAGGCCAAAUAUGAAUUUUUAUUUGGCAAAUCUGAAGAGAAAACUCCAGAUACUAGUGAUCAUGGAGGAAGCACUUUACUCCCACCGAACGUCACAAAUGAAUUUCCAGAAUAUGGGACCAUGGAGGACGGUGGAGAAGGCCUAAGAACUUCUCUCGAGUUUGAUGCAGAGUCUCUGCCAUGCUGCCCGCAGGGGCAGCAGGGGGUUCAGCCUCAUCCCAGCCACCACUCUGGGCUCGACAGUAUUAUAGAAGGACCAAAAGAUGUUGGAGGGGGCUCCUCUCAAAGUCACCUCAAGGAACAAAGUUUACAACCCAUAGACUCUUUGAUUUCAGCUCUGAAAGCUACAGAAGCCAGAAUAGCUUCUGGAACAUUACAGGCUACAAAGGUACUGGACAAAGAUGCUGUUUCUAGUCUCUCAGUUCAGCAGGUGGACAAAGAGCUGGACACUGCCAGUCUUCAAACACAGACAGCCAACAAACUGUUCCCUGCUGGCCAGGAAAAACCACCAGAUAUACCUCUUUCAGCUGAAGUGACGACGGGGGAAGGUGUUCUUUUGCGCAUCCAGGAGGAUCUGACAGUGCUGCUAAGUGGAGAAGCUCAGGGGGAGCUUUCCCGGGUAACUGCCAAUGGGAGGAAAGGGGCUCUCCGCGUGCAGGAGCCAGCUUGUCCUGGGUCCUCCCUGGGGAGUCCAGCUGCAGCCCACAGCUCUGUGGGCAGCAUUGGCUUCCUGAGAGAGGGGAGGUCUGACCUGCAGAGAGAGCACCCAGGGGCAUGUGAUCGAGGUAGCUCCACGGGACGGCCUGGCCGGGUCAAACAUGUGGAAUUUGAAGGGGUGGAAAUACUGUGGACAGGAGGGAAGAAAAGAGAGACAUGGCAACCUGCGGAUUUUGAGACAUCCUCAGAAAGGACUACCUCUCCUGAAAGUCAGGGGUUUUCCAAAGUGCCAAGCCACCUCAUCUCUUCUGCUGGUUUGUGUAAUUCAGUUGGUUUCACCGAGCGUGUUGGGGCCGACACCUGGAGAGGGCCUUCAGAGAGGCUGGCCACUAGCUCGGGGACAUUCCCCCCCGCGCCUCUUGUCGAGGGUGGAGAGGAUGAAGUCUUCCUAAAGGAAAACAAAGACCAUCUUGAGGAGAAGCCUGAACUGGAGAGAGACAAGGAGAGGAUUCUUGACCACGAGGAGCACUUUGCAGGAGGAGAGGAUGACAUCCUUGGGCCCGGGUACACAGAGGACUCCACUGAUGUGUACAGCUCCCAGUUUGAAACCAUCUUGGAUAACACCUCUUUAUACUACAGUGCUGAGUCCCUGGAGACAUUAUACUCAGAGCCCGAUAGCUAUUUCAGCUUCGAGAUGCCCCUCACUCCCAUGAUACAGCAGCGCAUUAAAGAAGGCGGUCAGUUCCUGGAGAGGACGUCAGUGGGGGGACAGCACGACAUCCUGAGCGUCUCCUCAGACGGCGGGAUCGUGAUGGGCUCUUCUAGCGAGAUCAGCAAUGGGCUCAGUGGCGCUGGGGAAUCCAUCUACACGAAAGGCACCCCGGAGAUUGCCUUCUGGGGAAGACCCCAAAGGAAGGAGCGUAUCCUUCGAGUGGAAGUCCCAGAUUGUUCUCGCAGCCAUGCUGGGGUGAAAACAGGACUGCUGGAGGAGGCUCGUGCUGAAAUGGGGAACACGGAAAUUCUGGAAAGGGAGCCCUCAGAAAGUCUCAGUAAUGGCACUAGCAGCAACGUAGAAGCAGCCAAGAGGUUGGCCAAACGCCUUUAUCAACUAGACAGAUUCAAAAGGUCCGAUGUCGCAAAGCACCUAGGCAAGAACAAUGAAUUUAGCAGACUAGUUGCAGAAGAAUAUCUGAAGUUUUUUGAUUUUACAGGAAUGACGCUGGAUCAGUCUCUCAGGUAUUUCUUUAAAGCCUUUUCUCUUGUGGGAGAAACUCAAGAACGAGAGAGAGUUUUAAUACACUUCUCCAAUAGGUAUUUUUAUUGUAACCCGGACACCAUUGCUUCACAAGACGGCGUCCAUUGUCUCACCUGUGCAAUGAUGCUUCUUAACACAGAUCUCCAUGGCCAUAAUAUUGGAAAGAAGAUGACCUGCCAAGAGUUCAUUGCAAACCUCCAAGGGGUCAAUGAGGGUGGUGAUUUCUCCAAGGAUCUACUGAAACCCCUUCCCCAGUCAGCCUCCGAAAUGAUUGGCGUGAACAGUGUUCAGAGUGCCAGCAAGGUGCGGGUGAGGACCUCAGGUUCCGUGAAAUACUCCCGGGAGGAUUCUAUCCGGCGGCAAUCCCACCGGUCAAAGUCUAUGAAAAUUUCCAACUCCUCAGAGUUUUCUGCUAAGGAGACCAAGGCUCUCUACAACUCCAUCAAGAAUGAGAAGCUUGAAUGGGCAGUGUAUCUGUACUUAAAUUUUGUUUUGAAAAGUACUACUUCAGUCCAGUGUUCUCAUUUCACAUAUGAAGAAAAUGAAGUAAAAGCAUUCCGGAACAGAGAUGAUGAAGAGAAAAAAAAGUCUCCAUCGGAAGGUACUGAUGAAAAGGCUAAUGGAACACACCCAAAGACCAUCAGUCGUAUUGGGAGCACUACCAACCCAUUCUUGGACAUUCCUCACGACCCAAACGCCACUGUGUAUAAAAGCGGGUUCUUGGCUCGGAAAAUUCAUGCAGAUAUGGAUGGAAAGAAGACUCCAAGAGGAAAGCGGGGAUGGAAAACCUUUUAUGCUGUACUAAAGGGAACAAUUCUUUACUUGCAAAAGGAUGAGUAUAAGCCGGAAAAGUCUCUGUCGGAAGAGGACUUGAAAAACGCAGUGAGUGUGCACCACGCUCUGGCGUCCAAGGCCACGGACUACGAGAAGAAGCCCAAUGUGUUUAAACUGAAGACUGCGGACUGGAGGGUCUUGCUCUUUCAGGCUCAGAGCCCGGAUGAAAUGCAAGGUUGGAUAAACAAAAUUAACUGUGUCGCAGCUGUGUUUUCCGCACCGCCGUUUCCAGCAGCCAUUGGGUCUCAGAAGAAGUUUAGCCGCCCACUUCUGCCUGCCACUACAACAAAGCUGUCUCAGGAGGAACAGCUGAAGUCACACGAGAGCAAGCUGAAGCAGAUUACCACCGAACUGGCCGAGCACCGCUCGUACCCCCCGGACAAGAAGGUGAAGGCCAAGGAGAUAGAUGAGUACAAGCUGAAAGAUCACUACCUGGAGUUUGAGCAAACCCGGUAUGAGACGUACAUCGGCAUUCUGAAAGAAGGCGGCAAGAAGCUCCUGGGCAACAACGGCAGUGAAGCCCCAGGACUGAAGAAGUCGCAUUCGAGUCCUUCUCUGAACCCAGAUUCAUCUCCGGUCACUGCCAAAGUCAAGCGCAACGUGUCAGAGCGGAAAGAUCACCGACCCGAAACGCCCAGCAUUAAGCAAAAAGUUACUUAGAAUCCAUCUGCGACCAGGAAAGGGCUGGUCAUGGAGCAAAACAGAGUUUUUCAAGAUCCUUCUGGUAAAUCCGUGAAUAUAUUUAAAAAAACAAAAACAAUAGUCUGUGACUAAAUGGUGCAUUAGUAACCUUUUCUAUUGUAUAUUUUUGUUCGUUUCUGUGCAGAUUGUCUCUUUGCUCUUGAUUUCUUUGCUUUGACGAUUUUCGCCACUUGAUAACUAAUGCACCUUUUUGUGAGGGGAGGGGUCAUGACUUCAGAUUGAAUUGUGUGUCACUUCUCCUUUGGCUUUCUCUUGUUUGCACUCUCUCAGUUGUUUCAUGUAUUCUCAAACCAACUGUUACACUUUUUUUUAAGGUUAAAAAAAAAAUGAAUCCGUUGUGAACCACUUUACUGGACAAACUUAGUUUGAUCAGUUCCAGCCAGACUUAACAUAAACCUUCAUAUGUGAAUUCUUGCCAGUCACAGAGGUGGCAUUGAGCACUCACAGAAGUUCGCUUCAAAAUUCCAGUUUGGAAAUCGUGUGUUCCACGCUGACGCAGCUGUGCGGGCACCUCAGCACUUGUCUUUGGGGUCUGACCCUGCGGGAAGCAGGGAGAGGGGUGCGGAGAUCGAGGGACUGGAGAACUUACGAAGCGUGUUGGAGCGUUGAGUCCAUUUUAGCCAAGCAAGGAAAGAGGAGGUGGGGCCUUUUUGCCCUUGAAGGUUAAGGAAAGAUGACACAAGGUUCAUUUUGUUCUCUAAAGAAGCAUGAUAAUGAUCAACUCUUGGGAGCGGCAGCAGGAGGCACGUGUUCACACUGCAGGAAACUGUUACCUCGCUCCCAGGGGUCUAGACCAGGAAUCCAGAACCAUCUCUAUUGUCAUCACCCUUGUCAUCCAGGAGUUUAAACGUGUAGGCAGCUGUUGUCUCCUGGUUGUAAGAACAUCAGGGUCUUAAGAAAAACAAAUAAGAGAAGAACAGGGAGCUGCAGGUUUCCAGCAACGGAAUCCUGAGUCUUUAAAGUCCAUCUGAGAGUAAUCAAUAGUCUGAAUGGACUGUGGUUGGAAAAGUGAGGACUCUGCCGGUUGCAUAUACCGAGUUACUUAGUUUAUUCUUAUCUUAAGUCUCUUUGAUAGUCACUUCUCUUUGCUCCUACUGAACCUUCUCCUAAGAAUAAAGACUAUUUUAAAUCAUUUCUUUCUAUCUGCUCAAAAUCAUUCUGUUGACCUUGAAGUCAUAAGCUUGUUUCCGUGACGGUCCCUGUGGAAUUCAGGGUGAUAAAAAGAACAUUCUCUUGUAUAGGAAGAGAUAGGAGUGAAAAUUGAGCCCACCAUGAGUUAGAACUUUCUGAUGUUGAAACUUUGUGAUCCUUACAGCUGUAAUCUCCACAACUUCAGAACUGGAGGAGUCACUUUGAAUGCUCUUUUCCCCUCCCACAGAAAAUUUCUCUAGUUCUACUCAGUGUAUUAGUUAAAGGUACUAUGACCAAAGAAUCGGGGACUCUGCAUGCAUAGCAUGGUUCCAGGGAGUUAGAGAAAGCCUGCUCUUAAACCGUGGCCAUUUCCAGUGGCAUUAAAUCACAUGAUUAUUUAUUCACAUUCACUUCCUGCCUAUAUAAAUGUUCAUAGUUGAUGGUGCCCAGAAAAGAGAAACCCCUCACUAAGGGGAUAGCCGCUUGUUUUGUGAUAAGUACUUUGCCACGCCUUUGAAAAACUCACUCUAACCUUCUGUCUUGUGUAGAUAAAGGCAAUGACAAUUUAUGUUUCAGAACCAAGAAACGAAUAGGAUAGUUACCAAUGUGGCUCGUAAGACCUGAUUCAUUUCUGUAGCUUCUGACUGUGUUCAGGAUUCCCACAAGGGAAUCAUCUUUCUUCCUAGAAUCUGAAUGAUCGGCCUGCUUGUUUGCUGCCUAGUUCCUUAUCCUGAGCCGAGGGGAGAGAGAUCCCUAGGCCAGGUUGUCUCUGAGCUUCGAUAACUAAAGGGAAAAAAAGUCCCUGACGGGCUUACAUGUGUCUGCCCACAGUGUGUGUGUGUCUGUGUACAUAGGGUCCCUGUGUGUUCCACUUGUAGGAUUUAAUGAACAGAACGGUACCUUGCUGCCGAGCCUGGCGUUCAGAGCAGCUCUGAAUCCUCGGUUAGCACAGCGGGACAUGGCUCCCGCUGUGUGAGUCACUGAUGUGUCUCCAGGGGCUUCUGCACAUGCUAAUAGUAAUGGGAUGAGAAGGGCACUUUUGAGGCUGCGGUAUGCGGUGUUUGCAUAGUGUAUCUUUAAAAAUAACCGCAAGGCUAUUUGCUGAGCCAGGGGGCAGCCCGCCCUGCCAUGAUGAUGUCCAUCUUUAGGGGACGGGCCAUGAACACCUCCUGAGGCCUGUCAGGUGUCUGUCUGUUGUCAGCGUACCUAGCAGGUCAAGAGUGUAUCCUGUAGGAGGAAGCGGCCCCUGGUUUGACGAGAUCGUGAGAAUCGUACCCAUAGCCAACCACGUUUUCUUCUGUGAUCAUUUCUUUCCUAUGGGAUCUAGUCAGAAGAAUUCAAAGACAUUCCUUUCACCGCUAACCCAAGCCUACGGCCUAAUUCACGGUACAGGGGAGCUCUCCUCCUCCUCUCCUUCCGAAGGUACGCCCCCUUCCCUCCUCUCCCCUCCCAUACGUCAGCAUGGAGCCCUGCGUCGCUCUCCACAUGGUAAGCCAUUAUUCCUCUUUACAUACACUCGCUUCAUAUUAAUUUUCAGUCCAGAAAAUCUUGAUAGUCAUCAAAAGACUCUGUGGUCAUGCUGUUGCCCACUGGAGCCGAGAAGUGGCCCGAGUGUCAAAUCUCUGCGUGUUUCGGGGCUGGUUCCCGCCUCACGUGCUGACUGUUACAGGGAGGUGCCAGGGAUUUCUCGUUAGCGACCAAGACUUAGUUACUCGCAGGCAGAGUCCUUGUUCUAUUGCCAGGCCAUAGAUACUGUGUGAAGUGCACUUUUUAAAAGCAUCCUCUCAUUAACUCUUAGCGAUGCCUAGUUAAGCCAAGCAAUACUUGUGUGCAGUUUAAAUCAUCUCAUUAAAACCAACAUGUGGGAGAUUCCCCUGGUGGAACUGGAGUUCCUGGGUAGAGAGUGGCUGCCCGCGGCCCUCCGUGCUUCUCCGACUGUUACCAUAGCUCCGGGCGGGCACUGUUUCCUGGUUGGAAGCGAUGUGCGGGAGUUCCUGUGGCUGGCUUGCCGGGGCCUCGCUGGGCUUGGUCUUUUGAGUUUGUAUUUCACCUGUGGCCACACCACAGAACUUCUGAGGCUGGAGAGGAAUUGAGACAAGUAGCAGGGAAGGAGGCCAAAGCACAAAGUUACAGGGUUUUCUGCUGGCCCUUGCCCGCUGCUCCUCUGUCCUGUGAGGAGCCUGGAAGGUGUUCUUAGGUGAGGCAGGGCCUUCUGUGGCAGGAGCGCACCUCUUCUCUGCCUUUAUCGCAAGUCAGAGACAACUGGGAGAAAACGGACCUUAAAGAAGUUUCCCUGUUGUCGUAGUAUGGAGACUUUCUUGGAUUUGGUUAGUUGUCCUGAUAUUUGAAUUCCUUUGGCAUUUUUCCUUGCAGUCAUCAAUUAAGUUUUUUAAGCCUGAAUUCAUAGGGGGUUAACUGGCCUUGUUCAUGCAAAUCUCUGUCGUUUGGCUCUGGUGACCCUGUGCAGUGUUCAGUGGGUGGUAGUCACCUUCCUUCAUCUCAGCAGUGAACGGUCCCUUCGCUCUUGCAGUGGCAGAAUUGUUUCCAGGUAUAAAUCAAAACCACAGUGGCAUCCUAGGGCUUGUGAAGGUAGAGUCUGGCAUGAGGAAGAGUGUGAUUUGGGGUUUUAGUAACACCUGCUUUCCUCAGAGCAUCGAAGUCACUGCGACAGAGAAAGACCAGCCCCCUCUGCAGGCAGAGGAGCCCUUGGGCCGACCUUGCCCCAGGACUCCUGGCUGUCUCUCCUCCCAAAAGGCCACCAUCUGCCUCCCCACCAGCCUCUGGCAUCUCGCCAUCAAGUCAUCCCGAGGACCUUAGAGAUCAACAGUUCACCACGAAAUGCCCCCAGCAGGUGAGAGAGAGGUGGUCGGUCACUGCCUCUCCUCUCAGCUUCCCUGCCCAUGCCCCCCUCCUACCCGAGGGCUGGAGUCCAAAGUCAUUGCCAUUCUCAUGAUGUACCUAGAGUAUCAAACCCAAGCGGGCAGCUCGCUGCUAGGACAGUGCAUGUGGGAGAGUGUCCUCAUAGGGAGAAUGUCGGUAAUACUUGAAUCUGCAUGGCAGUUUGUUGACUUGAAUGCAACAGCAAGAAAAUAUUGCAAGUUACUUAAUUGUAUAUACCGUAGGUUUCCAUCCAUCUCUGGCUCGCCCUGUGUGAUAUAUGUGUGUGUCUGUACUAUUUCAGGCUUUUGGAAAAUGUCCAUGUAGAUAGUAUGUCAGGCAUCAAAGAAAAUGCUUUCCUGUCACUUGCCAAUGUCGUGUUUGUGGGUAUUUAUGGCUGUAUGUAUGUAUAUGUUAUUCAUGUGUAGUUGUAUAUCAGUAUAUGGUGUAUGUACAUCCAAUUUAUUUUUGUCCUUAAUAACCAGUGUGAUAUGAACAGCAAGUAAAAACCUCAUAGGAUUGAGUAUAUAAUGCAGUUAUUGAGAACAUAUGUAGUGGUACUGUUUUACUCAACUUAAAGUCAAAUGAUAUUUUGAUUAAAUUUUUGAAAAAAUAAGAUUUUAUGCUAGAAAAUUUCAUCUUUGAGCUUUGAAUCACCAGGGCAAAAAAAAAAAAUGACCCAGAACCAACUUUGUGAAACUAUUUCAGUGUCCUGUGUACAAUACCAAGGGGGC